AUGAAUUUUUCAGUUGCUUUCAGCAAUGGAACAAAUUAUUUCAAUGGGGGUUUUUAUUUAACUGCCUUCCGCAAUUUGGAAAAUAAAAACUACCUCAUUUUGGCCUUGGCGAUCAUCUACAUUAUCACCUUGCUGGGUAACCUUGUUCUUCUGGCUGUCGUCCUAAUGAACUCCAGCUUACAGAACCCCAAGUAUCUUGCUGUAUGUAAUCUAGCCAUUGUUGACAUUUCAAUGAAUAGUGUUAUUAUUCCUCAGAUGGUGCCUGUUUUUGCAUUCAAUCAGAAUUAUGUUUCAUUUGGAGCAUGUUUUUCCCAAAUGUUCUUCAUGCAUUUUUUUGGUGACAUGGAAUCUUUCUCUCUUGCUCUUUUGGCAUAUGACCGUCUGAUUGCUAUCUGCUGGCCUCUGCGUUACUCUACAAUAAACACCAACCUGAGGAUGCUGCUCAUAAUAGUAGGGAUUUGGUCUCUGGUUGUUCUGCUUGAGAUUUUCCCAGUUUUUUUUGCAGCCAGACUCCCUUACUGUGGCUCCAGAGAGGUACAGAGCUGCUGUUGUGAACAUGGCCCGGUCUAUAGGUUGGCUUGUACGGACACCUCUUACAACCGACAACUGGCUACAGCUAAGACUCUGACUGUUUUACUAGGCCCUUUGACUUUUAUUAUUUUCACCUAUGUGAUUGUAGUGGUUGCUGUGACACGGAUUGCAUCCAUGUCACAGCGUUGGAAGGCCUUCCACACCUGUCUCACUCACCUGCUGCUGGUCCUGCUCUAUUAUAUGCCUGUCAUUCUAGCAUAUAUACUAGGGAACCUGCGAUUAGUUCAGAAUGUGGAUCUUUUCACAGCAAUUCUGACGGUUUCGGUUACCCUUCCUCCAAUGCUGAACCCCAUCAUCUACAGCUUAAAGACUGAUGAACUCAGAGACAAGAUAGUCAAGCUUCUGGGAAGGCCAAAAGUGACACAACAGAUUAUUAAAAAUAGGGCCAAUGGUUAA